AUGCAGCUUGUGUUAUGGGCACUGGGAUUAGGAACACUCUUUCUCCAGGACGUCUUGAAUGUAGCCACCACCGCAGCGAGGAAGCAGAAGCUGCAUCCAAGACAAGCCCAACUACUGGAGAAACUACGCGAGUUCGAGAUCGUCACCCCCACCCGUGUGAACGAAUUCGGAGCCCCCUUUCCCACGCACGUACACUUCAAACGAAAGAGACGAAGUAUUAAUCCUGACCCGGACCCUUGGGCCACCGACUCCUCCUCCGCACACUACCGGCUUUCCGCCUUUGGGGAGCAGUUUCUGUUCAACCUCACGGCCCAUUCUGGAUUUAUUGCGCCACGUUUCACGGUCAGCCUCCUCGGAGCCCCGGGGGUUAACCAAACCAGGUUUUACAGCGAGGAGGCCAGCGACGUAAAGCACUGUUUUUAUAGAGGACAUGUGAAUACCCAGCCCCAGCACACUGCGGUCAUCAGCCUGUGUUCAGGGAUGCUAGGCACAUUCAGGUCUCACGAUGGGGACUAUUUUGUAGAGCCGCUGCUAUCCCCUGAUGACCAAGAGUAUGAAGAAGAGCACAAUAAGCCACAUGUGGUCUACAGACACGGUGCACCUCAAAAAGACUCACCAAGGGAAAGGCACACUUGUGAUACUUCAGGGCAUGAAAAUAGUCACAAGAAGAGCAAGAGGAAAAACCGGAGAAGACAAUGGCAAGAAAGUAGUCUGUUCUCGGACGUGGAGGUAUUAAAACAUAGCAUAGCAGGAAAUCAAUUUUCUACAUAUAACAACAAGACUGAGAACACAAGUGAUGACAAGACGCACCGAAGGACAAAGCGAUUCCUCUCCUACCCUCGAUUUGUGGAAGUCAUGGUGGUGGCAGACAGCAGAAUGGUUGCCUACCAUGGAGCUAAUCUGCAACACUAUAUCUUAACAUUAAUGUCAAUAGUAGCCUCUAUCUAUAAAGACCCAAGUAUUGGAAAUUUAAUUAAUAUUGUUAUUGUGAAAUUAGUCGUGAUACAUAAUGAACAGGAUGGUCCUUCAAUAUCUUAUAAUGCCCAGACAACAUUAAAAAACUUUUGCCAAUGGCAGCAUUCCCAGAACCACCCUGAAGAAAACAAUCUACCCAAACAUGAUACUGCUGUACUUGUUACCAGACAGGAUAUUUGUAGAGCUCACGACAAAUGUGAUACAUUAGGUCUGGCUGAACUGGGCACUGUUUGUGAUCCGUACAGAAGCUGUUCAAUUAGCGAAGAUAACGGACUAAGUACUGCUUUUACGAUCGCGCAUGAACUUGGCCAUGUAUUUAACAUGCCGCAUGAUGACAAUAAUAAGUGCAAAGAAGAUGGAGGGAAAAAUCAACAACAUGUCAUGGCGCCAACACUGAACUUCUACACCAACCCCUGGAUGUGGUCAAAAUGUAGUAGGAAAUACAUUACUGAGUUUCUAGACACCGGUUAUGGGGAGUGUUUACUAGAUGAGCCUGUAUCAAGGACUUACACUUUGCCUCAGCAACUCCCAGGAGUAAUUUAUGAUGUUAAUAAACAAUGCGAGUUAAUUUUUGGACCAGGCUCUCAAGUCUGCCCAUACAUGAUGCAGUGCCGACGUCUCUGGUGCAUCAGCAUUGAUGGAGCUCACAAAGGAUGUCGUACUCAACACACACCUUGGGCUGAUGGGACAGCGUGUGAACCCGGAAAGCACUGCAAGUAUGGCGUGUGUGUCCCCAAGGAGCGAGAGGCGCCGGUAACAGAUGGAGCGUGGGGAUCGUGGAGUCCCUUUGGAAGCUGUUCAAGAACCUGUGGUGGUGGCAUAAAAACCGCCGUUCGAGAAUGCAACAGGCCUGAGCCCAAGAAUGGUGGGAAAUAUUGCGUGGGUCGUCGAAUGAAAUUUAAAUCCUGCAACACUGAACCAUGCUCUAAACUAAAGAAAGACUUCCGAGAUGAGCAGUGCGCUGACUUUGAUGGGAAGCAUUUUAACAUUAACGGUCUACCUCCUAAUGUGCGUUGGGUUCCUAAAUACAGUGGAAUUUUAAUGAAAGAUCGGUGCAAGUUGUUCUGUAGGGUAGCAGGAAACACAGCCUACUAUCAGCUCAGGGACCGAGUUGUUGAUGGCACCCCUUGUGGCCCAGACACAAAUGACAUCUGUGUGCAAGGACUUUGUCGGCAAGCUGGCUGUGAUCAUGUGCUAAAUUCCAAGGCAAGAAGAGACAAAUGUGGUGUUUGUGGUGGCGAUAAUUCUUCAUGCAAAACUGUUGCAGGCACAUUUAAUACAGUGCAUUAUGGCUAUAACACUGUGGUACGCAUACCCGCUGGUGCUACAAAUAUUGAUGUGCGGCAGCACAGUUACUCAGGGAAACCAGAAGAUGAUAACUACCUUGCCUUAUCAAACAGUCAUGGAGCCUUCAUCUUGAAUGGAGACUUUGUCGUCAGCAUGUUUAAAAGGGAAAUCAAAGUUGGGAAUGCUGUGAUCGAAUACAGUGGCUCAGACAAUACAAUAGAAAGGAUUAAUUCUACGGAGCGCAUUGAGCAAGAAAUUGUUCUUCAGAUUCUAUCAGUGGGUAAUCUAUAUAACCCUGAUGUUCGAUACACAUUCAAUAUCCCAAUUGAAGACAAACCUCAGCAGUAUUACUGGAACAUCUAUGGCCCGUGGCAAGCCUGCAGUAAACUUUGCCAAGGGGAACGAAAAAGGAAACCCAUUUGUACCAGAGAAUCUGAUCAACUCAUGGUGUCAGAUCAAAGAUGUGAUCGAAUUCCCCAACCUGAUCCAGUAACUGAGCCUUGUAGCACAGAAUGUGAAUUAAGGUGGCAUAUCGCUAGAAAGAGCGAAUGCACUGCACAGUGCGGGCUGGGAUACCGAACGCUAGAAGUCUACUGCACAAAGUACAGUAGGUCGGAAGGGAAGACCGAGAAAGUCGACGACCGAUUCUGCAGUGGCCAAACCAAGCCAAAUACUAGGGAAAAAUGCUUUGGAGACUGUAACGUAGGAGGAUGGCGGUAUUCAGCCUGGUCUGAUUGCUCUAAAAGUUGUGGUGGUGGCACAAGGAGACGACGAGCCAUCUGCGUUAACACCCUCAAUGAUGUACUGGAUGACAGUAAAUGCAGCCAGCAGGAGAAGCUCAUUGUACAGCGCUGUAGUGACUUCUUGUGUCCACAGUGGAAAACAGGUGACUGGUCAGAAUGCUUGGUAACCUGUGGGAAAGGGCACAAACAUCGCCAGACUUGGUGCCAGUUUGGAGAAGAUCGAUUCAACGACAGGUUUUGUGAUCCGGAGAGUAAGCCCAAUUCUGUGCAGACCUGUCAGCAACAGGAAUGUGCGGCGUGGCAAGUAGGACCCUGGGGACAGUGCACAAUGACAUGUGGGCAGGGCUACCAAAUGAGAGCAGUGAAAUGUGUCGUCGGUGCCUAUGUAUCAGUAGUGGAUGACAAUGAGUGUAACGCUGCCACGCGGCCGACGGACACACAGGACUGUGAAAUAGCAGCAUGUCCUCUCCAUCCAGCUGCUCCAGAAACGAAAAGAUCUAUGCCCAGCGUUCACAGGACACAAUGGAGAUUUGGAUCUUGGACACCCUGCUCAAUGACAUGUGGGAAAGGUACUAGGAUGAGAUAUGUCAGCUGUCGUGAUGAUCAGGGCUCAGUGGCCGAUGAAGCCGCCUGUUUUCACCUCCCUAAACCUUCAGCGACAGAAGUGUGCUCCGUAACGCCGUGUGGACAAUGGAAAGCCCUGGAGUGGAGUUCUUGUUCAGUGACGUGCGGCCAAGGUAAGGCAACGCGGCAGGUGGUCUGCUUGAAUUACAGCGACCAGGUGGUCGAUAGAAGUGAAUGCGAUCCAGACGAUCUCCCGGCAACGGACCAGGAUUGCUCUGUGUCUUCCUGUCAGAACACCCAUGACUCCGGCAGGCCAAUCCACCCUUUCUCAUACCCGGAGCAUCCACCAAAACCCCACCCGGGGAGAAACCCAAACCAGAACGCUGGCCCCGCGCACAUACCAGGGGGCAACCAGUGGAGAAUCGGCCCAUGGGGUGCUUGCUCUAGUACGUGCGCUGGGGGAUUCCAGCGGCGGGCUGUGGUGUGCCAGGAUGAAAACGGAUAUACUGCAAGUAACUGUGAUGAGAAAGCAAAACCUGUUGAGCAGAGAUCAUGUGAAUCUGGCCCUUGUCCUCAGUGGGCUUAUGGCAGCUGGGGAGAGUGCACAAAGUCAUGUGGUGCAGGAACAAGAACAAGGCUUGUGGUGUGCCAGCGCUCUAACGGGGAAAGGUUUCCUGAUCUGAGCUGUGAAAUUCUCGACAAACCACCAGACCGUGAGCAGUGCAAUAUGCAGGACUGUCCUAGAGAUGCUGCCUGGAAUGCUGGUCCGUGGAGCUCGUGUUCUGCUUCUUGUGGACGGGGACAUAAACACCGAAAUGUGUACUGCUUGUCAAAGGAAGGAAACCGCUUAGAGAACGAUUAUUGCAAGCACCUUGCUAAACCGAACGUGCAAAGAAAGUGCAGAGGGGGCAGAUGUCCGAAGUGGAAAACGGGAGACUGGGGACAGUGCUCCGUGUCCUGUGGACGAGGCAUUCAGCAGAGAAAUGUGUAUUGCCACACGGGCACUCAGAAAACAGCCAGGGAGACCGACUGUUACCAAUUCACAAGACCAGUCUCUGAACAGGAAUGCCACAUUGCUGAAUGUCCCCGUUACAGCUGGGAAAUGGAGGAAUGGCAAGCUUGCAUGAAAACGUGCGGGGAAGGGUCCCGGUACCGGAAAGUUGUGUGCAUGAAUCAGAAUAACCAAGAGGAGGACAGCGUGAAUUGUGAUGCGAGCAAGCGCCCCUCUGAUAGGGAGAGCUGCAAUUUACUGCCUUGCGAGUACAUCUGGAUUACAGGGGAGUGGUCGGAGUGCUCUGUGACCUGCGGCAAGGGCUAUAAGCAAAGGUUGGUCUCGUGCAGUGAAAUUUACACCGAGAAGGACCAUUACGAGUACGGUUACCAGAAUACAGACAACUGCCCUGGCACCCAGCCACCAAAUGUCCACACAUGCUACCUCGGGGAAUGUCCAGUUUUGGCAACAUGGCGAGUUGGCAACUGGGGGAGCUGCUCGGUGACUUGUGGCAUUGGAGUGAUGCACCGGUCAGUGCAAUGCUUGACCAACGAUGACCAGGCGAGCGCUUUGUGCCAUGCUGAUUUAAAACCCGAAGAGAGGAGGACGUGUCACAACAUCUAUGACUGUGAAUUACCAAGCAGCUGCCAAGAUGUUAAAAGACUCAAAGGUGUCAUUGAAGAUGGUGAAUAUUAUCUUAAAGUUAAAGGAAGGAUAUUAAAGAUCUAUUGUGCUGGGAUGCAGACUGACAGCCCAAAAGAGUAUGUGACUCUUGUCAGUGGGUAUGCGGAGAAUUUCUCUGAAGUGUACGGCUACAGAUUACAUAACCCGACCGAAUGUCCGUAUAACGGGAGCAGACGAGAAGACUGCCAAUGUAGGAAAGAUUACACAGCAGCUGGUUUUUCUGCCUUCAGCAAAGUCAGGCUGGACCUGAACACAAUGCAGAUAAUAACAACUGAUUUACAGUUUGCACGGACACAUGAUGGACGACCUGUUCCUUAUGCCACUGCGGGGGACUGCUACAGUGCGGCCAAAUGCCCACAGGGUCGCUUUAGCAUUGACCUUUACAGAACAGGCCUUUCGCUAACAGAAACAGCAAAAUGGAUCUCGCAAGGGAAUUACGCGGUGUCGGAAAUUCAAAAAUCCCCGGAUGGUACCAAAGUAAUAGGGAAAUGUGGUGGUUACUGUGGAAAGUGCACUCCAUCAUCUGGAACAGGCCUCGAGGUUCAAGUGUUGUAG